AUGUUCCGAAGAGCUCGAGACACAAUAUUCUGGCCAGGACUGAAACAAGACUUGGAAGAAGUAGUGAGUAAUUGCACGGCGUGCCAGACGUAUUCGAUAAAGCAACAACCGGAACCCAUGAUUAUGGGCGAACUUCCCGCGCAUCCGUGGGACAUAGUUCACCAAGAUCUGAUGGAAUGGAGCGGUCAGCAGUAUCUGGCCACGUGCGAUGGGUACAGCAACUACUUUGAUCUCUUCAAGCUGGGGACAUCGGCGACGACAAGGCAAGUCAUCAGUGUGACGAAACGGUUAUUCGCUGCAUUUGGUCGACCACGUCAAUUCAGAACCGAUAGUGAUCCUCGCUAUUUAUCGGGAGAGUUCAGGGAGUUCAUGAGCCAGUUUCGAAUUCAGCAUAAUGUCAGCGCUGCACAUCACCAUCAGGCGAACGGACGAGCAGAAGCCGCGGUCAAGGUGGCAAAAAGACUGGUCAAGAAAUCUGAGCUGGCUAGAGAAGACCUCGAAUUGGCUCUAUUGGAAUGGCGCAACACGCCUCAAGAGGACGGAUACUCGCCUGCGGAAAAAUUCUUCUGCAGAAAGACAAGGAGCCUCUUACCGGUUCGUGAAUCGGAUCUAAGGCAAAAGCUUCCAAGGAACGUUCAGAAUUCAAUCAGACAAUCGAGAAUCAGACAGAAACGGAGCUUCGACAGAGGUGCAAAGGUUUUGCACCCUCUGGCAGAAGGCGACGGUGUCCUAGUGCAACCCAUUGGUUACGGGAAGCGAUGGGAAAGAGGAUCGAUUGUACAAAGAUUGAACAAACGAACGUACGCAAUCGACAUGGAGAACGGAGGUCUAUUCAUCCGAAAUCGUGUUUUCCUGAGACCGAAUGGUCAACGGUCAGGCGCACGAAAGGAAACAGCCGAAAACAACGUAUUAGAAAUCAUCACGCAACAAGAGGAGGAUGAGCCGGAGACGAUCAGAGUCCCCAUCAGGAUCUCGAAAAAUACACAGCCGUUAUCAGACGAAAGAGAGCCGGAACUCCAAUCGACAAGAGCCCCUAAGAUACUCGAGAUCCCACGCAAGCGAAAACUUGAGGUGCAAUCAACUGAAGCCAAGAGAAAGGAUGAAAGAGCUACUCCGAAAAUCAACCGAACUACUAGAAGCGGAAGAGAAAUCAAAGCCCCCGAUAGACUUCUAGAUAGCAUCAUGGAGAUCAGCACGAUGCAGUUGGAGUAA